GGCUAGCAGCUCAGGGUGCCGUUAGGCUGAGUCGUCGUGCUCCCCCGCCGUUACUCCGUUAUUCUCCACCCGGAAUCCGAAGAGUGUGAAGGCGACAGGCAUGGACAACGCGGGAAAGGAACGGGAGGCAGUCCAGCUGAUGGCGGAGGCCGAGAAGCGCGUGAAGUCCUCCCACUCGUUCUUGAGAGGGUUGUUUGGAGGAAAUACAAGAAUAGAAGAGGCUUGUGAAAUGUAUACGAGAGCUGCAAACAUGUUCAAGAUGGCCAAAAACUGGAGUGCUGCAGGAAAUGCCUUUUGUCAGGCUGCCAAGUUACAUAUGCAGCUACAGAGCAAACAUGAUUCUGCUACAAGUUUUGUGGAUGCUGGAAAUGCUUACAAAAAGGCUGAUCCACAAGAGGCUAUCAACUGCUUAAAUGCAGCCAUCGAUAUUUACACAGACAUGGGAAGAUUUACAAUUGCAGCCAAGCAUCAUAUUACAAUUGCUGAGAUAUAUGAAACUGAGCUGGUAGAUAUUGAAAAGGCUAUUGCACAUUAUGAGCAAUCAGCUGACUAUUAUAAAGGAGAAGAAUCAAACAGUUCAGCCAACAAGUGUCUUCUGAAGGUGGCGGCAUAUGCUGCUCAACUAGAACAGUACCAGAAAGCAAUUGAGAUCUAUGAGCAGGUUGGGGCAAAUACUAUGGACAAUCCUUUGUUGAAGUACAGUGCAAAAGAUUACUUCUUUAAAGCAGCUCUUUGUCACUUCAUAGUUGAUGAAUUGAAUGCUAAGCUUGCUCUCGAAAAAUAUGAAGAAAUGUUUCCAGCGUUUACUGAUUCAAGGGAAUGCAAAUUAUUAAAAAAACUGCUAGAAGCUCAUGAGGAACAGAACAGUGAAGCUUAUACUGAAGCGGUUAAAGAAUUUGACUCAAUAUCUCGCCUGGAUCAGUGGCUUACUACUAUGUUACUUCGUAUCAAAAAGUCAAUUCAAGGGGAUGGAGAAGUGGAUGGUGACCUGAAGUGAAUUGCCUAUAAUCUUUGUGGCAUGCAGCCUAACUCCUAUUUAUAUAUAUGUUAAUGGCCAGUGACCAUUACGGGAUACCCCAUUUCCCAUUAAUGGCUUCAUUUUUGUUGCAUAUAAACCAGAUGACUGCAUAUUGUUUAACAUCCCUGUGUCUAUGUUAUGAUGAAGUGGAUGAAUAAGGGUCCUCUAAUGUUGUUUGUAUGUGAUGUGGAAAUAGUAUAUAUUUGUCAGAUUUCUAAGAUCUCUGGAAAAAGAUACUUCAUGAAAUAAUAUAUUUUUCAUUCAUCUUCAGUGUUUAAAGAACCCAGGUUUUAUUUUUGCUUGAUGUUUCUGUAUGGUGCCUUAGGCUUUAGCACCAACUUAAUCAUGUAAAUAUAUGCUUUGUGCAUAUGGAAUACACAUAUUAGCAUUUUAAUCUGUACUAGCUUUAAACAUGUGUAUGUAAUGGACAGUUGUUGGGAAUGAGUUUAUCCUUUCGUUUUUAGUUAUUACAAAACUAUCUUACUGGUGCUAGUGAUUAGCUCCUUUGCUUUGUUUUUUUAAUACCCUGUUUAUGGGCAUAAAAAAAGAUUAUGUAGUGAUCUGGGUCUGUUGGUAUUACUUGUUGUCAUGAGUAUAGGGACAGCCAACAGUUUAUUUUUCUCAUGCCAGGAAAUUAAAAUCAGAUUCAGUCAUCAUCACAUACACAUAUACAUACACAUUGCUGAAAAACAUGAGGAACAGAACAUGAAGUUGGUCCAUGCAAAGAUUUUUAGAGACCUUGGCAUUGUGGCUAGAGUGCUAAAUUUAAAAGUCAGAAAAUUUCAGUUCAAACCCAGUUUCUGAUACCUAUUAUUAUCUGUGUGACUAUGGGCAAGUCACUUAGUAAUAUGUUUGAGCUUGUUUCCUUACCUAUAAAGUGGUGAUACUACCUAUGGUACCUACCUCACACUGUUGUUGUGAGGCCUUAAAUGAGAUAAUGUAUAUGAAUUAUUUUGCAAACUUUUAAUUACUAUUUAAACAUCAGUUAUUAUUAUUAUGCCCAUGUAACUUUAAUAGGUGUUUGAAAAUUUGUUACAGCAUAUUUUUCCUUUUUUUGUUUGAAGUGUUAGAACAUUUUUCAAAUAAUAAAAAAAGUUAGUGCACUGUAGUGACCAUGUGAUAGACACAGAAAAAAAAAUUCACACUCCUACCUGUUAUUUGUUGUACAAAUUACUAUAUGUAGAUAGUAUAAUAAGAUUUCCAUUUCCUCACUGUGUGUACACAUAAAGUAUAUGUGUAUUCUAUAUAAAAUGGUUGUUUUAUUCGGAAAUUUUUCUCAUUUUUGACUUAUGGUAGAAAUUGAUUCCAUCUCCAGAAUCACCAAAAAAAAAUAGUUUUUCUGACUUUUUCAAUGCCGCUGAACUCUGCUAAGAUGUUGUGCUCUUUUCUAUACAUUUGUGGUAUGUCAGGGAAAGGUAGGCUUUUAGGAUUGUUGGCAAUGAGUUAGAUGCAUUUAUUUGGUUUAAUUAAUGAGUCGGGUGUUGCUCUUUUUUUCUCAUGCUUAUCCUUUUGUUUGGGAAGUCAAAUAAAUUUGCUAGAGGACCAUCAUGAAUCUCUCAGCAGAUGAUUGCAUAUUGGAAAUGUUUCAAUGUUUGAAGCUAUUUGGGUUAUCUGUAUUUUCAAGUCUUCAUAUACGAAUCUAUCCUAGCUGUGAGGUUAUGAAACAGAUGCUGUAUGUAGACAUAGUAAUGUUUCUAGCCUAUCACUGUGCUGCUGUUAAUAUUUCUUAGGCUGAAAUGGCCAUGUUGAAAUUUUUAGAUUGCCUGUUUUAAACUAUAUUUCCCUAUUAAAGACAUAAAUGUUUUGGGUGACAAUGGAGCAAUCACAAGUACUAAUGAUGUGGAAUUUGAAUGUAUGGUAUGUUGUUUUGUGGACAUUCCCAAUUUAAAAGAUCUCUUUAUAAUCACUGUUUGUUUUCUUAAAAGUUAACAGAAUAAUUUUCCUUGGAUUAAAAUAAUGGUAUAUUUUAGAGACCAAGAAAGACCAAAAAAUGGAUAUUAUUGGAGAUGUAAGAGCAAAUGGAAUUGAUUAUCAAUCUUGGUGGUGAACAGGUGACUCUUCUACACAUAGCAAUACUGAGUUUUUUUACUUUGUAUACUUUUUCCUGCCUAUUUUUAGCCACUUGGUAAUUAAAUAAAGAACAAGGUUAGUUGAUUUUGCCAUGAUUUUAGCUUUACGUAAUUGUAUAUAAUUUCUGGGCUUUUCAUUCUAGUUUGUGUAAGCCUUUAGUCCCCACCUGUAACUGCGUGCAUAUCACAGGGAAUCCAUAGCCAGAAAGUCUAGUGGACUGCCCUUUGCAAAAUACAGUGGAGAAGAGAAAGUGAGGAAAAUAAACCUGAUUUGGCAGCUUUUCAAAUAUUAUUUUGGCAGUUCUUUUUCAGUUUUUAGAAAACUAAAAAAUGUCAUCAUAAAAUGUCUGUGUAAUGAUUGUUGAAAUUACAUGCUCAGAGGCAUCAGGAGAUUUAUUUACAGGUUACUGUGAGAAUUUGGUUUAAUACCAUUUCUGACUUUGGAAAGAAACACUUCUCACUAAAUUUAUACACUGAUUUCAUCUGCCUGCUUCUCUUCUGCAAAUGUAUUUAUUGAUUGUGAUAAAUGUAAAGAAUGACAAUUAGUUUUGUCCCUUUUAUACUUCUGAGGUUAGUGAGAAAUAGUGAAUUGUCCUGACACCUUUAGGUAUAAUUAAAGGAGACAGUGUGGUAAAGUGGAAAGAUCAUUAGGUGUGCCGAUUUGCUUAAGUUAAUUGUACUUUUUUGCUAUAGGAGAGGAUUGUGUUUUGGUGAAGUAGUGCUAGGAAAUACAUGGUGUUAAAAAAAAUAUCAAUAAAACUAUUUUUUUUUUAAAAAAAAGUAUUAGACUGAGAAUUGAGGAAGAGGCUUGGGUUGUGCUUUGGUUCAUUUAUCCAAGAAAUAAUUAUGGGGAGCACCUUCUUUGUGCAAUACAUUGUGAUAGGCACUGUUCUGUAGGACUCUGCCUUUUUUCUCAAGGUAGAUAAAAUCUGUUGGGGGAUGCUUACAUUAAAUGUAAGGAAAAAUGUUAUAGUUCUGUGAGAGUGAUUCAAAGUUCAGAGAUUGACAAGAUUCUCUUGGACUGAAGUGAUCAUGGACGAAUGCUUGGAGAAUGUGGUAUUUGAACUGGAACUUGAAGGAUGAGUAUGAUGUUGGCUGAAGAUAAUGGAAAAAAAAGGAAGAAGUAAAGGGCACAUAAUGAGCAAUGAUAGGGCAGGGCAAGGCAAGUCAUAUUCAAGAAGUGACAAACAGUCCAUUUUGGUUGGAUUGUGGAGUAUGUGUAGGAGGAUAAGAAGAGAGAAGGUUGAAGAGGUAGACUGAGGUCAGACCGUAGAGUGCCCUAAAUACCAGACAGAGGCAUUUGCACUGUACUCAAUAAGCAGUGGGGAGCUAUGAAAAGUUUUUGAACUUAUUAAAGAAUAAUGAUGAAAGUAGUAAUACUUUAGUAUUUGUUUGGCAGGGGCUUGUAGAAUUGGAAGAUAAAGAGACUAGAGUCAGGGAUACCUGUUAGGAGGCUGUUAUAGUAAUCUAGGCUGGUAAUACAGAUAUUGAAAAAGGAGAAUGGGAUAGGAAGGAAGAAGUCACAACUGGGCUGACCAAUGAACCUUGAAGGAACCUUCCAGUUCUAAAAUUCUACAAAAUAUAAUUAUCAGUUAAAUCUCAAAUCAGCAUUUACUAAGUACCUUCUCUGUGGGCAGAACAUUGUAGUAUGUGCUGUGGCUAUGGCAGAUAAGUAUAAUAUGCAAUGUUACAUGAUAAGUACAUUGUAGUUGCAAAACAAAAUGCUUUGUGAGGUCUGAGAAGGGUGGAUUUUUACUCGGGCUAUGAAACCAGAAAUUUUUUUAGAACACCAUAAUAUAAAUUAGAAAUUGAAAUGGAGCACAACACACUAUUUCAAGAAACUACUGUUGCUUUCCUUUGAAAUAACUUAAAAAAAAAAUGAUCUUUCCUCAAACCACAUUGGGCUAAAGGCAAGAUAACCGAAGAAUAAAAUCAGGUUUUUGUAAUACUCGGUUGUACAGAAAAAAUAUACUUUUAAUCUCAGACAAUAUACAUAAACACUUUUAUGUGAUGAUCUGAUAGUAUGGUACUUGCCAGAAAAUUAUCAGGAUUGGAGGGCUGUUAUUCAUUUGCCAGUGUAGUUGACUUUCUUCUCCUUACUUAUGGAAUUUUAUUAAAGGCACUGUGGGCUUCCAUUCCUCUUGUGUGCUAACAUGCAUUUUCUCCAAGCUUCUGUUUUGCAAGAUAUGGUAAAGAUAAUUUUAAUCACUGAUUUUUUUCUUCUAAGUAAGCUCUGUUUAUUCUCCUUUAUCAACACCCGACACUGUCAGUUCACCACAGACUAAUAAGUGACAUGACACUUUGUUUUAAGGAUUCAUGUAUGUUAAGGGGUCACUAUCACAAUCUGUGUUGCAACAAAUGUUGUUUCAGUACAGUAUCAAUGCUUAUUAAGAGCUAAUAGCUAUUUGUAGCCCAGAAGCAUAGGAAAAUAAUUCUUAUUGAUGGAACGAACUAGCCAAAGGAUAAAGAUAUAUAUUCAUCCAAAAAUAUAAACAAACAAAACAAUCCCAAACUAGAAUAGUGAAUAUAAAUUUAAUUGCAUUGAAUUACUAUCCCAAUAUAAUGGAAUAGUGCCAUAUUUCUUUCAAUAAGCUAAGAAGUUGGAUUUUCAAGACUCAUAAGAUUUUCUUUACAAACAAUAGUAAUAAUUAUGGGAUUAUGUUAAAGUUUUUGUAUUUUAGCAAGUCUGACUCUCAUUUAUGGUAAAUAUUUUUCCAUGGAUCAACCAAGUUAUUUGAAAAAGCUUACACUUGGUUAUUCAUGGUCAAAGAUGAUAGUCACAGGUAAAAUUUCUUACAGAAAAGCAUUGCUUUUGUGGAAAUGUUUUUACAACCUGUCUCUUGAUUUCCUUUUUUGUGGUUACUUUUUUAUUUAUCAUAUGAUAUGAAAACAGUAUUUUUGCACAAUUGUGAUAUGCAUAAAUGAUCUCUGAUAGUAUAGCCAACUAUAUGCACUAGCUUUUGUGGUGUUUAACAGUGCGUUUUCUCUGCUGUUGUGCACAUAUUUGUCUAAAUGUAAAACAUGAUUUUUGUAGAUUUGGCAGUCUAGCAUGUCAAUUAUAAUGUAAUUACCCUGUGUUAUAAAUGGUGAUAACAGCAGUUUUCAUAUCUUGUAAAGUACAGAGAAUAAAGCUGCUGAUAUUCCUCCUAUCACUUUCUAAUAGGUCAGAAAACUUAUCAUGAAAACCAUUUAAUAACAACUCUGCCUUAGCAGGAACAGAUUGUGUAUGUUUUGUGUGAACUUGUAUAGUAAUAAAGUCAAAAUUAUGAUUAA